AUGGCUCAAAUCCGCUACCCGGUGGGACAAGUCACAUCCAAGCUCUCUGAGGAAUUUGAAGAAGGCAAAGAUCCAUGUGAAGACAUAGACGACAAGAAAAAUGACAACAAACUCAGUGUCGGAUACUUCCAGCUAUUUCGAUUUGCCACCUGGACUGACACUGUAAUGAUGGUUGUGGGAGGCGUGUGUGCCCUGAUACAUGGUGCAGCUUCUCCGCUUAUGCUUGUGGUGUAUAGCAUGAUGACUGACAUUUUUGUGGCUCAUGAGCUUGAAGUCCAAAUACUAGUAGACCCCAACAAAACUUGCAUCAACAAUACAAUUUCCUGGACCAAUGGCUCUAAAUAUAUCUCUGAAACCAGCACUUUCAGCUGUGGGGUGGAUAUUGAAGGACAGAUGACCCUCUUUGCAUAUUGCUAUGUUGGAAUUGGAUUAGGAGUUUUAAUUUCUAGUUAUUUUCAGAUUACACUCUGGGUGUCAGCAGCUUCAAGACAGAUCCAGAAAAUCAGGAGGACUUACUUCAGAAAAGUAAUGCAAAUGGAGAUGGGGUGGUUUGACUGCAACUCUGUUGGUGAAUUGAACACAAGGAUAUCUGAUGACAUCAACAAGAUUAACGAUGCCAUUGCUGACCAGAUGUCUAUCUUUAUUGAGCGGAUCUCUGCAUUUGUCUUUGGCUUCAUGGUGGGCUUCAUUGGGGGGUGGAAGCUGACUAUGGUGGUUAUAGCAGUAAGCCCACUAAUUGGCAUCGCUGCUGGACUGAUGGCUAUGGCUGUAGGCAGACUGACAGGACAAGAGUUAAAAUGCUACGCAAAGGCAGGUGCAGUGGCUGAUGAGGUCAUUUCAUCCAUCAGAACAGUAGCAGCCUUUGGUGGGGAGGAGAAAGAAGUUGAAAGGUAUGACCAAAACCUUGUGGAGGCUCAGAGAUGGGGUGUGAAAAAGGGCACAAUCACAGGCAUUUUUAGAGGCUACCUGUGGAGCAUCAUCUUCUUUUGUUUCGCUCUGGCCUUCUGGUACGGAUCUCAGUUGGUCAUCUACACCAAGGAGCUCUCUCCGGGUGGUCUACUUCAGGUGCUUUUUGGAGUCCUCAUAGGAGCUAUGAACCUAGGCCAGGCCUCACCGUGCCUGGAAGCUUUUGCCUCUGGUCGCGCUGCUGCAAAGAUCAUCUUUGACACCAUUGAUAGGGAACCAGAAAUUGAUUGUUUGUCAGAGGAAGGUCACAAAUUAGACAAAGUAAAAGGUGAUAUUGAAUUCGAUGAUGUUACAUUCUACUACCCAUCUCGGCCUGAAGUCAAGAUUUUAAAUGGUCUAAGCAUGCUGAUUAAAGCUGGACAAACCACUGCUUUUGUUGGACCAAGCGGAUCUGGGAAGAGUGCCACAAUCCAGCUCAUCCAGCGGUUCUAUAAUCCAAAGGAAGGAAGGGUGACUUUGGAUGGCCAUGACAUUCGUAGUCUGAAUGUUCAGUGGCUCCGGUCUAUAAUUGGUGUUGUAGAGCAGGAGCCAGUGUUGUUUGCUACAACCAUUGCAGAGAACAUCCGUUUUGGCCGACCUGGGGUCACCAUGGAGGAAAUUGUCCAGGCAACAAAGGAGGCUAAUGCCUAUAAUUUUAUCAUGGAACUACCACAGAAAUUUGAUACUCUAGUGGGAGAAGGUGGCAGCCAGAUGAGUGGAGGACAGAAGCAGAGGAUUGCUAUUGCCCGAGCUCUGAUCCGUAACCCCAAGAUCCUGCUGCUGGAUAUGGCCACAUCUGCUUUAGACAACGAGAGUGAAGCCGUUAUCCAGGAGGCACUCAACAAGGUACAGAUGGGCAGGACGACCAUUUCUGUUGCCCACCGCCUCUCUACAAUUAAAAAUGCAGAGGUCAUCGUUGGGUUUGAGCACGGGCAGGCUGUGGAGAGGGGAACACACAGUGAGCUACUGGAAAGACAAGGUAUCUACUUCACCUUGGUCACCCUUCAAAAAGACGGCACAUCCAAAGUAGCAGAAAGCACAGUCAGAGAAUCUGAUGAAGAAGAUUUUUCCUCAGAAGCGAGGUAUUUCCGCCACAGAUUAUGCCCCUCUUCUGACUCAUGUAGGGGCUCUCUUCGUCUACGAUCUUCGAGCCACUUGUCAAAUGACUUUGAACCCGAUGAAGUAACAAGCUACAGUGACCAAUGUAAUCUUAAAAUCCUUUCAGAUGGUGAGACGUCACCAGAAAAGAAUUGUGAAGAGGAACAUGUAGAGCCAGCCGCAAUGACACGUAUCCUGAAAUACAACCAGAAAGAAUGGCCCUACAUGGUCUUAGGCUCUCUGGGAGCGGCGAUCAACGGCUCUGUCAACCCUCUCUAUGCCAUCCUGUUCAGCCAGAUUCUUGGGACUUUUGCCAUCCGUGACUUGGACAAACAGAUGGAUCAGAUCAAUGGAAUAUGUGUCGUGUUUUGUGUUACAGCGGCAGUAACCUUCUUCAGUCAGUUUGUGCAGGGUUAUGCUUUUUCUUGGUCUGGGGAGCUGCUUACCCGCCGCCUGAGGAAGAUGGGCUUCCAGGCCAUGUUGAGACAGGAGAUUGGCUGGUUUGAUGACCCCAGAAACAGUCCUGGAGCUCUGACUACUCGACUGGCCACUGAUGCCUCCAUGGUCCAGGGGGCAACAGGACCUCAGAUUGGCAUGACUGUUAACUCCCUCACCAGUAUUGGAGCAUCUUUUAUUAUCGCCUUCUACUUCAGUUGGAAGUUAACUUUGGUGAUUAUAUGCUUCUUACCACUCAUUGCGCUUUCUGGCGUCUUCCAAGCCAAAAUGCUGACUGGUUUUGCAAAUGAUGAUAAGAAAGCCAUGGAAGCAGCAGGCCAGGUAUCCAGUGAGGCUUUUGCCAACAUCAGGACGAUUGCAGGCUUGGGCAAGGAGAGCGCAUUUGUGGAAUCUUAUGAGCAGCAGCUUGAGUCUCCACACCGAUCUGCCACGAAAAGAGGCGUCAUCUACGGCAUCUGUUUUGGCUUUGCUCGAUGUGUUAUUUUCAUGGCAUAUGCAGCUUCAUUCAGAUAUGGAGGCCAUCUGGUCAGCUCUGAGAACUUACAUUACGUGAUAGUUUUCAGAGUCAUCUCAGCCAUAGUUGUCAGCGGGACUGCUCUGGGGAGAGCUUCAUCCUUCACCCCUGACUAUGUCAAAGCCAAGAUUGCUGCUGCUCAGCUUUUCAAACUAUUGGACCGAACUCCUAAAAUUAACCACACAGAUGGAGAAAAAUGGGAUGACUUUAGAGGUGAAAUACAGUUCCUGAACUGCAAGUUCACCUAUCCAACAAGGCCAGAUAUCCAGGUGUUGAAUGGGCUGGUGGUGUCUGUGAAGCCCGGUCAGACUUUGGCCUUUGUUGGGAGCAGCGGCUGUGGGAAAAGCACCAGCAUUCAACUGCUGGAGAGGUUCUAUGACCCUGAUGAAGGCAAAGUGUUGAUUGAUGACCACCCAUCUGAUACAGUCAAUGUGCCGUUCCUGAGGGCUCAGAUUGGCAUCGUGUCCCAGGAGCCAGUGCUGUUUGACUGCAGCAUAGCUGAGAAUAUACAGUAUGGAGAUAACACACGCACUGUCAGCAUGGAGGAAAUUGUUGAUGCUGCUAAGAAAGCUUAUCUGCAUGACUUUGUGAUGUCUCUACCAGAUAAAUAUGACACUCAGGUUGGUGCCCAGGGCUCCCAGCUGUCCAGAGGACAAAAACAGCGUAUUGCAAUUGCCCGUGCCAUUGUCAGGGACCCCAAGAUCUUGUUACUAGACGAGGCCACAUCUGCUCUGGACACAGAGAGUGAAAAGACUGUCCAGGCUGCACUGGAUGAGGCUCGAAAGGGACGAACCUCUAUCGUCAUCGCCCACCGCCUCUCAACCAUUCAGUCUGCAGACAUCAUAGCAGUUAUGUCUAAAGGAGCUAUUGUAGAGAAAGGGACACAUGAUGAACUCAUGGCCAGGAAGGGUGCUUACUACAAACUGGUCACAACAGGAGCUCCGAUCAGCUAG